AUGAUAUCGGGAAGCUUUGAAAUGCUGGAAAAACGUGAGCGAGUGAUUGGAGGAGGUGAGGAGACUACCAGGAGCUCCCGACACUCCCAGGGCUCCCAGCCCGGCUUGGCCGAUCAAGCCAAACUCUCCUUCGCCUCGGCCGAGUCCUUGGAAACCAUGUCAGAAGCGGAGCUGCCCUUGGGGUUCAACAGGAUGAACCGAUUCCGGCAGAGCUUGCCCUUGUCCCGGUCCACCAGCCAGACUAAGCUGCGAUCACCAGGGGUCCUUUUCCUGCAGUUUGGGGAUGAGACAAGACGUGUCCACAUCACCCACGAGAUCAGCAGCAUGGACACCCUGCACGCCCUCAUUGUCCACAUGUUCCCCCAGAAGCUCACCAUGGGGAUGCUGAAAUCUCCCAACACGGCCAUCCUCAUCAAGGACGAGUCCCGCAAUGUCUUCUACGAGCUGGAGGAUGUCCGGUGAGUGGGGAGGGGUUCAGGAAGGGUUUUUUUUUGGACACCGUGCUGACCCCCCUGUCCCUUUCCUCAGAGGGAGAUGGUGUACACCUCCAGGGAGUCAUCUCCCACCCGCCGCCUGAACAACAUGUCCCCAGCUUCCCACCUCACCUCCGGCUCCCCUCCACCAGUGCUCCAGUCCUCCUCCCCAUCCCGCUCCCGCAUGUCCUACAGCGGGGGCCGUCCCCCCUCCUACGCCGGCAGCCCCGUCCAUCACAGCGAGCGUCUCUCCAACCUACCCCCAGCCCAGGGGGUCUCACCCAGCCCCAGCGCCAUCCUGGAACGUCGGGAUGUGAAACCAGAUGAAGACCUGGCUGGGAAGAACGUGAUGCUGGUGAAGAACGAGGGGCUGUACGCCGAUCCCUACGGCAUGGUGCACGAGGGUCGGCUCAGCAUCACCUCCACCCAGUCCUUGGCUGGCAUGGGAGACCCUUUUGGUUACUCGGGGGGGUUGUACAAGCGGGGUUCCGUUCGCUCACUCAGCACCUACUCGGCAGCCGCCUUGCAGACGGAGCUGGAGGACAGUCUGUACAAACCCAACGCCCCCAUUUACAGCGACACCUACGCGCCCGGCUUGGGUUUCCGCAUGCCCCCCUCCUCCCCACAGAAGAUGGCUGAUGGGCGGCUGGUGGAUGUGCAGCCAGGGCAGAGCCCCCACAGCCCCUACUCGGGACCCCCCAGCCGUUCCUCACCCGUCCGGCAGUCCUUCCGCAAGGACUCCUGCUCCUCUGUCUUCAUGGAGAGCCCCGUCAAUAAGCCACGUAACCCCAGCUCCUCUGGUGCUCCAGAGCUGUUUCCUGGUCCUGGUGAUCGCCCACUCUCAGGGUUUGGCUCCCCUGGACCAGCCAAGGACACGGAAACGAGGGAGCGGAUGGAGGCGAUGGAGAAGCAGAUCGCCAGCCUGACGGGGCUGGUGCAGAGCGCGCUGCUCCGCGGCUCCGAGGCUGAGACCCCCAGUGAGAAGACAGAAGCCACCAACGGUGGGACCCCCCCAUCAGCGUCAACCAGCCGCAGUGGCAUGGGGACACCAGUGCCUGCGCCCCCGCCACCCUCUGCCAGCAGCACGCCGGCCGGGCAGCCCACUGCCAUCACCCGCUUGCACAUGCAGCUGCAUCUCCACGACCUGCAGCAGAACGCCAGCGACCUCCGCAACCAGCUGCAGCAGCUCAAGAAACUGCAGCUGCAGAACCAAGAGACGGUGAAGACGAUGCUGCGACGGACGGAGACGGAGAUCAGCGUGCGGGUGACGGACACCAUGCGCAAGCACGAGGACCCUCUGCAGCGCCAGCGCACUUUGGUGGAAGAGGAGCGACUCCGGUACCUCAACGAGGAGGAGCUGAUCACCCAGCAGCUCAAUGACCUGGAGAAGUCAGUGGAGAAGAUCCAGAAGGAUUUGGCCCACAACCACCGGCUCAUCCCUGUGCAGGAGCUGGAGGAGAAGGCGGUGGUCCUCAAGCAGCUGGGGGAGACGCUGACAGACCUCAAGGCCCAGUUCCCCAGCCUGCAGAGCAAGAUGCGAGUGGUGCUGAGGGUGGAGGUAGAAGCUGUCAAGUUCCUCAAGGAGGAGCCGAACCGCCUCGAUGGUCUGCUCAAGCGCUGCAAGACGGUGACGGACACCCUCGCCCAGAUCCGCAGGCAAGUGGAUGAGGGCUUGUGGACCUCCUCCAGCAACCUCAGCCAGUCCCCCAAGAAGGUGGCCCCUGAGACGGACUUCAGCAAAGGGCUGGAUCUGGAGAUGCCCACCAGCCCCCCAGUGAGCCUCCAUCACCUGACAGCUGCCACUGAGACCCUGGGCAUGCCCAGCUUUGGGCACAGCCCCCCCCAAACCCAGACCCACCCUUCCAAGAGCAAUAACCCUUCCCGAGCUCCAGAGAUGGUACCAGCCAAGACACAGACAGGCCCAGAGACCCCCAGCAAGAAGAGCGUGGACAAGGCUGUAUCCGUGGAGGGGAGAGCUGCCGAGCGGGACUGGGAGGAGAAGCGGGCGGCGCUGACCCAGUACAGUGCCAAGGACAUCAACCGCCUCCUGGAAGAGACACAAGCCGAGCUGAUGAAGGCCAUCCCUGACCUGGAGUUUGCUGGCAAGCACAAACAAGCCACUGGAGCGGCAGGACGCCCUCAGCACAAACCCUCCAAGCCACAGCACACACCGAAAUCGGGGGGCAAAGGGGACCCCAACGGCCGGCGGGGCUCAGAUGAACUCACGGUGCCGCGGUACCGGACUGAGAAACCCUCCAAAUCACCACCACCUCCCCCUCCCCGCCGGAGCUUCCCCUCAUCCCACGGGCUGACCACAACCCGCAGCGGUGAAGUCAUUGUCACCAGCAAGAAGGAGCCUGGUUUUAUGAAGAAGGCUGAAUCGGAGGAACUGGAGACCCAGAAGCCCCAGGUGAAGCUGAGACGGACAGUGUCAGAGGUGGUCAGGCCAGCGUCCACCCCUCCCAUCAUCGCCUCUGCCAUCAAAGACGACGAUGACGAGGAUCGCAUCAUAGCGGAGCUGGAGGUGUUUCAGAGAAGCUCAGCCUCCCCUUUCCUUCCCAAGCUCCGUUACGAUCCGCUCCCGGCUGCCGUCUCCCCUGGGCACGCAGACUUGUGGCCCAACGGAGCCUCCGUUGCAGCUGAAGGAUGGAAGGAGCCGCUGGCCCUGGCAGCCGCGGGGAGCAGGGCUUUCUCCCUCCCACAGAUUGUGCUCACCGAGUGGGUGUCUGAACCGCCGUCCCCUGAAGCUGAACCGGAGCUAUGGGUGCAAAUGGGAUGCUCAGAGGACAGGGACCCGGCUGGCAGUGGAGGAGCAGGAGGGGAGCUUGGACCCGAGUUGGAAAGGAAAUGCCGUGUUUCUCCUGGCAUCUCCAAAAGGUCUCCAGCCUCAGCCCCACAGCCCCUGAGCUGCCCACCUCGGGGCCGUACCCACACAGCAGCAGACACUUGGAGGUUCCCUCCAGCAGCCAGUGAGGUCCCGUCUCUCUCCAAGGGGAUGGAUGGAGGGGACACUGCUCUGAACACUGCCUGCAGGCAAGAAGGCAGGAGCAAGACUUGGCACCAAAGUCCCUUGGCUACACAAACCCCUUGUCCUCAGGGGGAAGCCAUGGAUCCCAGAGCAGCGGUCCCCUCCACCAGUGUGGGCAGUGGAGGACCCAGCACUGUCCCCCAACUUCCCAGGGAUGAGGACCCCCAAGGAGGAGCCAGGCUGAGCGUGCUGGAGGCAUCGCUCCCUCCUGGAGACUCUGCUGGGGCUUGCAAAUGUGCACAGAGGGAGGAGAGCUCGCCAGCCCCAGUCUGCCCAGUGCCAGAUCCCAGAGCUUUCCCAGGCAGGGAUCCAUCCCCAUGGGGAAGCGGAGAGUCCCAGGCUGAGCAUCCCCAGGUCGCUGCUUUCUCAAGGCCAAGCCAUUGCCCAGCAUUGCCAGGCCAGCACAGUGUGGCUUUGGCUGCGAGGGGAGAAGGUGGCACAGAGGGCACCAGGGUGCGGGGGAAGGUGGUGGAGGGGCUCUGCAAAGGGCAGUUGUCCUCUCGCUGCUCCAUGACUCCGUGCAGCAAGGAGAUUUAUGAAGGCACCUACCAAAGACUGGAUAGCUUGGAAGAAACUAUCCGUGAGCUGGAAAUAACCAUCAGUGAGAUCAGCAGCCAUCCCUCGGUUGGAUUUGUAUUCCCUAAAGAACUGCUAGGACAAGCGGGAUCCAAGGAUGCCAGCAAGGAGACCAAGGAAGGUCUGGAGGAUCUCAAACACAGUAGCUGUGACAAUGGGACUGCCCUGGACCUCAGUCAGGCCAAAGAUGAUGCUCUCAAGAGUCCGUCUCCAAGCAAGACCAAGCCACCUCUGCUCCCCAAGCCGCAGCUUCCCCUCGACACUCAGCAGGUUUAUUUUCUCUUCUCCCUCUUGCCGUGCUCUGCCCCGGUUUUGGGGCUGAUGAUGCUGCUGGUGAUGAGCAACGGGGCUGAUGAUGAGCAUGAAGUUGGUGAUGAGCAUCCCACGGGGACG